GCGCGGGUGCGGGUGCCGGUGCGGGCGCUGGCGCUGGCGCUGGUGCCGGUGCUUGGGGAGCCGCUUCAUCGUCUGGUAUGGUGCGUGCCACGUGUCCUGUGUGCUCAGUAUUUUCGGGCAGCGAAGCAGACGUGGCAGCUCACGUGGACGAAUGUUUGACGCGAGGACUGGAGCGCUCCACUGCCACAGACGAAGCGGGAGCAGCCCCGAUGCAGACACAGGCAGCAGCGCAGACAGCAGCAGAAGUAGCAGCAGAAGCAGCAGCCGAGGCAGCAUCAGGAGAAGCAGCUCUACACGAGUCAGCAAUAACAGAUCAGCAGGUAGGAGGCAGUGUGAUUGGAGCAACCGAAGCAGCAGCGUUGUCUGCAGCACCAGGAGCCGCAGCAGCAGCAGCAGCAUCAAGAGGUACAGUGCAAGCCAUGUCUGCACACAACCAGAACCAACUGCUGACGGGCGAAGACAACCCCACAGGCACAGCCCCACGGGCGAUUACAGAUACGGAUACGGAUACGGGCACUCACGAUGAUGCAAUGGAGUCAGUACAUCACGCUGCUGCUGUUGUGCUCUCUGCCAGUCCCCCAGCAGCCACUCUUGACAUCCUUACUCGCAUCCUGCGUAACAUUGUAACCGACCCUGGUAACCCGAAGUUCAAGCGCAUUCGCAUGGGAAACCCGCGGAUUGCGGAUACGGUUGGCAAGGCAGCUGGGGCAAUGGAACUGCUGCGGUCCGUGGGGUUUGAGGUGGUGGAAGAGGCGGUGGAAGGCGGUGCAGCUGGGGGGAGUGUGGUGGCAGGGGGUGUGGAGCGGUGGGCGGUGAUGACGGAUGUGAGGCUGGAGCUGGUGAGUGAGGCGGUGGCGGUGCUCACGGCCGUGGGAGGGCAGGGUAGUGCUCCUGCUGCUCCUGCUGCUCCUCCCGCUGCUGCUACGGCUGCUGGUUCUGGAGCUGGUGUUGCGGGAGGGAGUGCCGGUGCUACUCCUGCUGCUGCUGCAACAGUCUCUGCGGCGUCAGCGGAGGGCGGGGAGCAGGAGGCAAUGGCACCCAUGCCCAGGAUUGACCGGCAGGUGCGGGUGUUCCUAUCCACAGAGGAGAACAAGGCGGCGCGCAUUGAGGUACCAGACUCCUUCUUCGACCGCACGGCAGAGGACGUGCGGCAGGAGGCGAUGGCGCGGCGCCGCGCACAGGAGGGCGCGCAGCUGCUCAUGACGCGCGCCAUGCGCGAGAGGCAGGCCGCUGCUCUCAAGCGCCGGUACCGUGCGGCCAUCGUGCGCGUCAUGUUCCCCGAUGGGCUCGUGCUGCAGGGCGUGUUCCGACCCAGUGAACCCACUGCUGCGCUCUAUGAGUUCGUGGCAGAGGCACUCAAGGACCCCACACAGGAGUUCCAGCUGCUGCACCCCAUCCCCAUGGCCAGCCGCUCCCAGGCAAUCCCAUCCAUGGCAGCAGGCCCUGCAUCACCCAUGCCCUCACUGGAGAAAGAGGAGCUCGUUCCCGCAUCACUCAUCAAGUUCCGCCCUGUGUGCCUGGGCCCGCCCGGGUACACUGGGCUCAAGAGGGAGCUGCUGGAGCAGGCUCAGCCAAUCACUGCUGUGCCUUUUCCUCCUUUGGAUACGUCCGGGUAG